GGAAGUGGUGUAGUGGAACUCUUCAAUGUUUAUGACACGAUAGGUGUUCGUCGUGAUGAUGUUGUGAUAUUGCUUGACUUGUAAUUCUAACGAUGGGAAUGGGCAAUGUACUCCUCCUAUCGCAAGUAAUUGCCUUUUUAGUGUCGUUCUUGGGGUCAUUCUUCAUUUUUAUUCCAAUGGCAAUGAAUUUGCAGGAAUUUGAUGGACACUGUCUACUUGGAGCAAAAGGGUUUUGGAACUACAGUUCAGCUACGAAAACUGUGAUCUUGAUGGACAUAGAAUGGGGUCUGCACAGUGACUGUGGAUUCUCAGUAUUUGUUGGAGUAAUUAUCAUGAUAGCAUCCGUAUUUUACAUCAUUUGGCAAUCUGUGUAUUUGUUUAAAAACACAGACAGUUCGUGGUUGGAUGCUUUUGUGACCUGUAUGAUCAGUAUCAUUGGUUGCCUGCUGUUAUUCAUCUGUUCCCUGGUUCUCAGUGUGGGCUUUAAUAGAUGGUGCCACACCUUGACGAAAGAAGGAUCACCAUACAACAAAUGUGAAGACACAGAGAUGAAUGAAGUUGUUAUAGACUCUAACAUCUCCACUAGAAAUAUGUUCUCAGAACUAAACAUGGCUCAGUUUGGUUCCUGGUUGUGCUGGAUUUGUUGGCUGGUUCUGUCUGUAUUGUCUGUCAUCAAGGUUUACCAGUAUCACAAGAAAGAUACCUUCCUGUCCAGCAUGAAUCGUGAACGCCAGCGCCUGUUACAGAGUGUGGGGCACCGAGAGCCCAUGGUGCUCUAGUCAUAGGGACCUUAUAUGACCAGGGAUCAAACUUACUGAAAGUGCUAUUUCUCUACAGAGGAGUCCAGUUCAAGAUUUAGUAAAUGAUGUGUACUCUUUUAUUGUAUUUAAAUAGUAACUCUCCAAGUCUGUUCCUUAUAUGGCUUCAAAAUUGAUGCACAAUGUCUUUCUAAGAAUGUUACAUUAUAUUUUGUAUUUACCACCACCAAAGAGAUUAUGUUUUCAGUGAGUGUGUAUUUAUGCAUUGCGUGUGCUUAGCUGUGGGCAAGAUUGUGUAAAAACUACAGCUUUGAAUUCUUUGACAAAAGAUAGGUAGUUUGAUGACUAAGAAGGAGAACAAUUGCAGAUGGAGAUUGGGGACUUUUGGUGGAGGUUUACAGUCUCAGAUCACUUGUUAUAUUUAAAAUAUUACAGACAGCUACUGAUUCUUAGCAUCUGCUUUUGAUUUUCUGAAAAAUGUUUCAUUUUUAUGUAAUGUAUGUGACAAUGAAGUACAAGAAUUAUCACAGGAGCAUGUUCUGUAUAAGAUCAGUUUUUAAAUCAAGGCAGGCUACUGACAAAUAAGUUGAUGUUAUAAGAGUCUUGUUUAAAGUAAGCAUUUGGCAAAUUCUGUGGUCAUUAUAAUAAUCUAAUUUGCAAAUAUGUCAUUUGGUUGAAUGCUGUGGGACGUGUUUCAUGCCAAUGGUUAUGGCAUUCUUUACAUACUAGUUUUAAGCGGAUUACUCCAUUUACAUGAUCAAACAGUGGGGCUCAUGGCAGGUGUGACUGGUCAACAGGGUAUGCUUACUCCUGAUCUCACCUCUUAAGUCAUUGUUUGCCCUGCUCUCAAUUUCGAAUUUUUUAUAGGAGAUUGAUCACUGUUAUCUGUACUUUUUUCAUGAUAAGGUAACAAAAGUCAGAAUAUCUUAUCUGAACUCAAUUGCUAAAUCUUGAUAUGAAUCCAUAUGGUAUUUAAGCCUGUCUAAUUUACUGUAUUUUUUGUAGUAUGUUGGUGGCACUCUGUUUAGUCCGUGAUCACCACAUUUUGUGUACAUAUUGACUGUUAUGAGGUCUGAGUAUGUGAAUGUAAAGACACUGUGCUUAGUAGUCAUAUUAUUUUCAUGGAAUCUCGAGAUGAUGUUUUUUUUCUUUCUUCAAUACAAUUUACAAUUAUGAAGAUCUGAUGUGUAAAACAAGUGUGAUGAUCACACACACAUUACAAAACCUAUAGGCAGGAUAUAUGCACAUUAAAAAGCUGGCACACUUAUCACAGUAGCUGCAAUAAUGUAGCCCUAUCCAAUUUUUUUUUAUUCUGACGUUCCCCCCCCCCCCCCCCCAAAAAUCAGAGUGGGCUACAUUAUUGCAGCUGUUAUCACAGCUGAAAUUGCAUGAAAACAUAAUUUCAGUAUUUUGAAAUAUAUUUUUUAAUCCUUUAGUAAGAACUUUUGUGUAUUAUUAUCAGUGUCAUUGACGUCUCUGGUAUUACUUUCUAAAACAAGUAUUCGUGUAUAGAUUUCAUAAUAUUUAUUUCUAAAAAUAAUCAUGAUUUAUAUUCUUGAAGACUGGUACAUCAUGUCCUGGGAUACAGGAUGAAGAAGAUAAACUAAUUCUUGAUGACAGUCAUGUCUACUGUCAUGCAGUAUGGGCAAUAUAUCUGUACUCCUAUUUUUUUUUGUGCAUGUUCAGUUAAUUUUAUAUAUGAUAUUAUCAUCUUCCGGGCUCCAAAUGACAAUGUACAUUACAAAUUUGUGCAUAUAAUGUAGCCUUCGUUUCUCUUAUCAUAAAUUGCUUAAUGCUUGGAAUUUGUUGAGUUAGAUUUCUACAAAGUUUAAAUGAUGGGUAACUAGUAAGAAGCCAUGCUUGCAAAGAUGGUGGAGAUGAAGGCUGUAUUAUAAAGAAUACUCAAAGUAAACACACCUUAUAUCUACCAGGGAUUUAUCUAGGUUGUUUUUACUACCGGUAAAAGGUAUACCUUUCCCCUUUGGUAACAAAUGGAUAUUUCCCCUUCCACAGAUAAUAAAAUCCCCUUCAUUUGUAGGAACUUCACAAAAUUGUAUAAGAAUUUUUUUUAAAAAUCAUUCUUUUAAUAUUCUAAGUCAUUUUAAACUUACAAUAUAGAUAAAAUAAGUAAUCAAUCAUAUUAUAUGGCUGUUAUAAUCCUGUGGAUAUUAUAUUCCAUGGAUAUCCCCAUCCCCUGGAAGCUCAUGACUACAUUCUCAAAAAUUCUCCUUAAAUAUAAAAUGGGUAGUAACAUCUAAAUGCUGGAUAAAUCCCCGACUACCUAUAAGACUGCUGAACAUUAAGUGGUAAAAAGAAAUAUACAUUUAACUCGGCGCUGAAAAAUGUUCCAGUCUGUGCGGUGAUAGAUCUUUUCAAUCUGCGCUGAGUUAGUAUAUGCAGUUGUAUUGUGACAUGAAAUGUUUUGACUGUAACACAAAACUGUAUAUUUCAUUUCUUGCCACUUAAUGUUCGGCAGUUUUGACUACUGAAAACGUUAUCUUCAUCUUGUAACAUAUCAGAAGAAAUGAUUGUGGAAUUGCUUACACUUGAUGAGUGUGAAUUUAUGACAGAUAAACAGUAGGUACUUCUGCUGUAUUCGUUAGGUUAUGUAUCCAAAAUCUUUUAUUUACUGUAGAUUUCUUAUAUUUCAUGAAUGUUUACUGCAGUAUCUCUCUGUGUGGCAGAAUGUUAUUCUCUUCAACAACACAUGAAAUUCAGCAAGUAGUGUUGUAAAAUUGAGAAAAUACAUGAGCAAUGAUUGUCACACAGUUAGUAAGUCAGUAUGCAUAACAUUUAUGAAUUUCUCACUCCUUAUCUAUAAAGAAUCUACAGCAGCCAUUACUAUACAAAAAUAUACAUACAGUAUCUUAAUGUAAUCAAUGUCAAAUAUCUAUAGCCAUCAAUAAAAUUUUAUUGAAGUACAAUGAA